UUUGUCAGCUCAGUGUUAAUAUUUUGUGAAUUUUUAAUUUAUUAUGUGGUAAUUUUUCAAUGUCGAUGGCCGGAAGUGAAAGGUGGAGCUCACCUAGGUAAAAAAGAGACUUCAACUUCAGUCCUCAAGGCCAUAAUUUUAGCCGAUACUCACCUACUUGGUGAAAUCAAAGGACAUUGGCUUGAUAAGCUAAGAAGGGAAUGGCAGAUGGAGAGAUCUUUCCAAACUGCCUUAUGGUUACUGCAGCCAGAUAUGGUUUUUAUUCUGGGAGAUGUCUUUGAUGAAGGAAAAUGGAGCUCACCUCAGGCGUGGGCAGAUGAUGUCAGGAGAUUUCAGAAAAUGUUUAAGUAUCCAGUUUCUACUGAGCUAGUGGUUAUCGUUGGGAAUCAUGACAUUGGAUUUCAUUACGAAAUGACGACUUACAAGGUAAAUCGAUUUGAAAAGGUUUUCAACUUUACUUCAGGGAAGCUGAUAACUCGAAAAGGAAUAAACUUUGUCGUAGUGAACAGCGUCGCCAUGGAGGGGGACGGCUGUGCUGUCUGCCGUACCUCAGAGGCAAAGCUCGUGGCGCUUUCUCACAGGCUGAACUGCUCCCAGCAGAAACCCAGUCAUUCCAACAAAAGGUGCAGUGAUGUGGAAAAGCUUCCAGCUUCGGAACCCAUCCUUUUACAGCAUUACCCUCUCUACCGGCUGAUAUGGUGGUUUCACCCCCGUUUGAUUCUCAGUGGGCAUACGCACAGUGCCUGUGAAGUGCUGCAUGCUGGGGAAAUUCCAGAAAUCAGCGUCCCGUCAUUCAGUUGGAGGAAUAGAAACAACCCUAGUUUCAUCAUGGGCAGCAUAACACCGACUGACUUCUCCCUCCAAAAAUGCUUCCUUCCGUAUGAGAGCAGAGUCUUUACUAUAUACUGUGCAGCAGGGGCUCUGCUCGCACUCCUGAUACUAGCUCAUUUUCAGCUUCUCACGCCACCAUUUUAUUUUGCUCAGCGUUUAAUCAGUAAGCAUAAAGCAGUAUGAAGAGCCAGACAUCUGCAUUCAGUCACUGAAAUACCAAAGCUGAGAACAGUCAAACAUCAGACUAUAUUCAUGCCAGCAAAUGACCUAAUUUGAUUGCGAGUCUGAAGGCAGGUUGCAUUUACAUAUACCAUAGAAGUCCUAUACAGCUGAUAUGACUACUACAGGAUAAAUAAUUUAACUGAAAUGAACGUUUCAUGCUGUACAAAAAUACUGUAUUCUACAAUCAAAUGAGUCCUUUUCCUGCUAUAAUUUUUGUAUCAAAUAUGUAUAUUAAAAGUGUAACUGUACAUUAUGUAAAUCCUAUAGCCUCAUCACUUCUCUGCGCUAGUGUCUUACCCCGGUGGAGGCUCAGUCCCGCAAACUGGAAACGUUUCUCUGUUUUAUUGCUGCGUGGCCCUUCUAAUGUCAUACUUCUGUGUGUUAGGGUCAGGCAGAAAUGAGAUACAUCAGCACUGAGAGAUGCAGAUUCCCGUAACCUUUUUAGGAUGCCAGAUGCAAGGGACUGUGGUUUGGGACAAGAAAUCUUCCAGUUCCCGACACAUUAAAUUGUUAGCUGGCUGCAAUUUGCAGUUAUAUCAUCUACCGGACAACAAGGGGAAGGAGCUCGUGGAUCCAGUUUGCCGAUACACACUUGAAACCUGCUUAAAUGAAAAUUAGGGCGACACCCCAAGCUGCUAGUUUUAAAAAGAUGUGCUAUGAUGAGCUUAAAAAAAGAGGGCCCUAUUGCAUCCCAGAGAUCGGUGUGGUGAGGGGCCCUCCCAUUGCCGAUCUUCUGCAAGAAGGAAGGUCAAAUACAGCUGCAGUAACAUCAGCCUACGCCUUGGCCCUCAGCCUAGAGACAGGCAGGGAUGGGAACGUGCGCUACCCAGAUUGCAGCGGGGCCACCAAGUUCUGGUAACUUUACUGCGGAGUCGCUUUGGCCCUGCGCUAGCUCUGCCGGGGGGCGGGGGGGAGGGCAGGGCCACAGGCCCCUGCCUGGAGGGCAGCGCGGAGGAGGCGAGGUCUGAGCUCAGCGUCUUCGCGUGCCGCGUAGGAGGGAAGAGGCGACAAACCUACCGCUUCACCCCACCCGCCCU